CAGGAGAAUUGAGUUUAUUAGGGGGACUGGGUAGUGUUGGACGUUUUGGGGAUGAGGUGAGGGCGGUGUGAUGGAGAUGGUUUGGACAUGUGCAGAGGAGGGACAUGGGGCGGGGGGGGUAUAUUAUGGGGUAGGAGAAGGCUGGGGAUGGAGACACCACAAAGGAGGAAAAGAAAGAGGAAGACCAGGAGGAGGUUUAUGGAUGUGGUGAGAUGGUUUAGACGCUGUAGAUGGAUCCGCUCUGGCGACCCCUAGUGGAAGCAGGAAGAAUAUUUUUACUGUUUAAAUGAAUCGAGUGUUUAAGUUUUGUUUGCAGUAUAUUUAAUUAAAAUUUCUUUUUGGUUAAAUGUACCUUGUUAUUUAAUUUUUUUAGUUGUGAUUAAAAAGCAUCACUUUUAUAGUGUUUUUAUUAUCAUUAUUUGUGUACUUUGUCUUUAAACGACGGCCCCUUCGCUUUCGCCGAGGGAAACCCUGUAGCGGCUUUUUUUCUGAGGGGGGACCCAAGAUGGCCGACCACGUACAGCGGGGCUAGUCGCUGCUCUCCUUCCCGACGUCGUGACUCCGGUGGCGCUUCACAACUCUCACAGCACCGCGGGGUGGAGAAAAUAAAAGGGAAGGGGGAAAAAAGUCGUACGAGCUCCGUCCUCCAUUCGACCCGCCGCGUCUCGGGGGAAAAAAAGAUGUCCGCCUGCGUGUGAGGAACGAGAGCGCGCGCGCGCGAGAGAGAGGCUGCUCCUUGUACCGAACAUGGCGGAACACUUGGAUGGGAAUAUAAUAUAAAUGUUUCGUGUUAGACCAUUUUAAAUCAACGCGGAAUGGUUAUAACGCGCCAUUAGAAGGUAUUCCGUGCUUCUCUGUAAGGUGUAAUAAAUGCAAGUCCGGUGAAUGUUUGUUAGCAUGCUAGCGGAGUCGCUAGGACAGCUAGCUAACUAGCCGGGUCUUUGAGGCUGCUGUUUGUUUGUGUACAUUAAGUAAAUAUAUAUUUAUAUAUAAACCUCAUUCUCCUGGUUGGUUAUCGGAUUAACUCGAAUUCGACUUGAUUUCGGGGCAGUUCCGUUGGGGGGGGAGCCGCUAAUUGAUUUAGAGCACUAUGCCGUGGCGAAGUGCGAGCGUUACGUCAUCGGCGUGACAACAGGUAGCGCGUGUGGAUGUCCGGUGUGUGGACGGAAGUGUGAAGGGACAAAAUUCGUUGUGUCUCAGAAACUCCAAACACACGCACACACACACCUCCAUCUCCACCAUCUCCUCCCUCCAAGAAGACAUGACUGACACUCGGAGACGGGUGAAGGUUUACACGCUGAACGAAGACCGGCAGUGGGAUGACCGGGGCACGGGACACGUGUCCUCCGGAUACGUGGAAAGACUCAAAGGCAUGUCUCUGCUGGUGCGCGCGGAGAGCGACGGCUCUUUGCUGCUGGAGUCCAAAAUCAACCCCAAUACAGCAUAUCAGAAGCAGCAGGACACGUUGAUUGUCUGGUCUGAAGCUGAGAACUAUGACCUGGCCCUUAGUUUCCAGGAGAAAGCUGGUUGUGAUGAGAUCUGGGAGAAGAUCUGUCAGGUUCAGGGAAAGGACCCGUCGGUGGACAUCACCCAGGAGCUGAUCGACGAGUCCGAGGAGGAGCGUUUCGAGGACAUGUCUUCUCCCGGGUUGGAAUUGCCGCCGUGCGAACUCUCGCGAUUGGAGGAGGUGGCCGAGCUGGUGGCAUCUUCUCUGCCCUCUCCACUCCGGCGCGAGAAGCUGGCGCUGGCCCUGGAGAACGAGGGCUACAUCCGUAAGCUCCUGGAGCUGUUCCGCGUUUGUGAGGACUUGGAGAACCGUGAAGGCCUGCACCACUUGUACGACAUUGUCAAAGGGAUUUUCCUGCUGAACCGCACCGCUCUGUUCGAGGUCAUGUUCUCCGACGAGUGCAUCAUGGACGUGAUCGGGUGCCUGGAGUUCGACCCGGCGCUGCCUCAGCCUCGCCGCCACCGCGAGUUCCUCACCACCACGGCUCGCUUCAAGGAGGUCAUUCCCAUUACGGACCCUGAGCUGCGUCAGAAGAUCCACCAGACAUAUCGGGUGCAGUACAUUCAGGACAUGGUGCUGCCCACACCCUCUGUGUUCGAGGAGAACAUGCUCUCCACUCUGCACUCAUUCAUCUUCUUCAACAAGGUCGAGAUUGUCGGGAUGCUCCAGGAUGACGAGAAGUUUCUAACUGAGCUCUUUGCACAACUAACAGACGAAGCCACGGACGACGAUAAACGGCAAGAACUGGUCAAUUUCCUGAAGGAGUUUUGCGCAUUCUCUCAGACUCUACAGCCACAAAACAGAGACGCCUUCUUCAAAACCCUCUCCAACAUGGGAAUCCUGCCAGCCUUGGAAGUCAUACUGGGGAUGGACGAUGUGCAAGUGCGGGGCGCGGCCACGGAUAUCUUCUCGUACCUGGUGGAGUACAACCCCUCUAUGGUGCGCGAGUUCGUCAUGCAGGAGUCCCAGCAGAACGAUGACGAUAUUUUAUUGAUUAAUCUGAUCAUUGAGCACAUGAUCUGUGAUACGGACCCUGAACUGGGCGGAGCUGUUCAGCUCAUGGGCUUACUGAGGACCCUGGUGGAUCCUGAAAACAUGCUGGCAACUGCUAAUAAAACAGAAAAGACCGAGUUUUUAAGUUUCUUCUAUAAGCACUGUAUGCACGUGCUCUCAGCUCCGUUACUGGCUAAUACCACAGAGGAGAAACCCAGCAAAGAUGAUUUCCAGACGUGCCAGUUGUUGGCUCUGAUUGUGGAGCUCCUUACCUUCUGUGUAGAACAUCACACGUAUCACAUAAAGAACUACAUCAUCAACAAGGACAUUUUGCGCAGAGUCCUGGUGCUCACCGCAUCCCAGCAUGCAUUUCUAGCUCUCUGUUCUUUACGCUUUAUGAGGAAAAUAGUCGGCCUGAAGGACGAGUUCUACAACCGCUAUAUCAUGAGGAACUUCCUGUUUGAACCUGUGGUAAAAGCGUUCCUCAACAACGGCUCUCGAUACAACCUCAUUAACUCGGCCAUCAUAGAGAUCUUCGAAUACGUCCGCGUGGAGGAUGUGAAGUCUCUGACUGCUCACAUCAUCGAGAACUACUGGAAGGCUCUGGAGGACGUAAACUACGUCCAGACGUUUAAGGGUCUUAAGCUCCGAUAUGAGCAGCAGAGGGAAAGGCAGGACAACCCCAAACUCGACAGCAGCAUGCGAUCCAUUCUGCGGAACCACCGUUUCAGGCGGGAUGCCCGGACGUUAGAAGACGAGGAAGAGAUGUGGUUUAAUGAUGAAGAAGACUUGGAGGACGGAGAGGCGGUGGUGCCCCCCUCAGACAAAAUGAAGAAUGACGAGGACCUGAUGGAUCCCAUUAGCAAGUUCAUGGAAAGAAAGAAAUUAAAAGAAGCGGAGGAAAAAGAGGUUUUGUCGGGGAAAUCCAGCUUGUCUGGAAAACAGAGCCCCAGUUUUAAGUUGUCCUUUUCCAGCUCGGCCAAGCCCAGUCUGUCUUCACCUCCCACAGCCUCACUACAUCCUGGUUCUCCUGGAUCACCGGGAUCCCCCGGCACGGGGACCAGGAACUCUCCACCCAUGGCAGCUGUCACCACAAAGGGUGGUUUGGUGGGACUCGUGGACUAUCCAGACGACGACGACGAAGACGACGAGGACGACGAAGAUUCGGACAAUAAAGAAGAAAGCCCUCCGCUUUCCAAGAAAUCAAAGCUGAGCUCCUAAAACACUCCCAACCAUCCACCCCAAACCCCCCACUCCCACUCAGAGGGAGCUUUAUCGACAGACUCGUUUCGGCGCUCAGCCUAGAACUCAACCAGUACGAAUAAAUAAACUAAUUAAGGAACGAAUGCCGCCCCUAACCCCCUCUCCCCUCGUAACCCCCAUCAGGAGUCUCCAAGCAGGGGUUUGCCACAUAGAGCAAGAAAGAGAAGAACAAGAGAUCUCGGAGCGACGAGGAGAACAUCUCCAAAGUGCCAAUCGGAGAAAGAGAGCGAUAAAACUGUGGACAGAUCGUUGAAAAGGAUUUAAUAAUUUCAACAAAACUAAAAGUACCGGGGGGUCAAAAAAAACGCCACACACUCACGGAGACUGGUGCCCUAUAAAGCGUCCCCGGUUCGGACCAGGACACACUGCCCCCCCCCCUUCUCAGGGAAGGACGUCACAUGACCCAAACGGGCCAGCCAAUCCUGAAACACCGCUCACCUUCGCCGAUUCAUUCUCCGUUUCUUUCUCUCCUUCCUCUAUCCCUUCUUUUUUUGCAUCGUGAUUUUUUUUUGUUUUUUUUACAAAUUCCUCUUGGUUUUUGUUCCUGGAGCGGGACAGAAACCCCAGGGGCAGAUCAGUCGGGGUCGUCAUCGUCGUCGUCGUGGCUCAGCGGAAUUUUUUCCCUCUUUCAAAGCCAGCGGUUUCUUCGUCUUUUUUUCCUCCCCUCCCUCCUCCCCCUGUCUCUUCCCUUCGUUCUGGUUUUUUUUUUUUUUUCUUCCUCUUCCUUUUUUUUUUUUAAAAAAGAAAAUGGAAAAAAAAGAGACCUGCCUUUAAAUGUUCAGGACGUUUUCAUUCGCACUUGAACAGGUUUUUAAAACCUCGUUAGGGGGGAAGAGUUCGUUUUACCUGUUUGUUUGUUUUUUUUCUUUUUGCCCUUUGAAACUGCAGAUUUUUUUGGAAAAAUUUGUAAACCCGUCUUGAUUAAAGAUUGAGUGGAACUCUA